AUGGGCCAUUUCCUUGAAACUGAUUUUCAAGGAGAUGGUGCUCUUAAUGUCGAAUAUGUGCGUGUUCGUCUUCUUUUGAAUAUUGAUUCGCCUCUUAGAUUCCAGCGUCUGUUCCAAUUUGGCAAAGAUACAAGUAUCCUUAAAUUUCGGUAUGAGAAACUUAAAGGUUUUUGCUCUGUGUGUGGCCUUAUGGUACAUGAAGCCGCAGAAUGCCCUGCCAAAAACGCCGGCCUUGUUGAUGAACCAAACGAUGAUGACAACGAUCCACAUGAGAAUCACCCUCCUGGUUUUACACCUCCGAGAGACAACAUUGAUCAACCGCCAACCCAAGAGAAGAACAAGACUGACGAAGUUCCUCAAGAGCCUUCUGGUAAUGCAUCUAAGAAGAGGAAAACAGAAGCUGCGACACAAUCCUCACUACUCUGCUGUGAAAGGAGACAGGCAUUUUUCUUUGAAGACUAUGAAGAACAUGCCUCCAAGAGGAAGAGAACAUAA